AGAUGAAGAAAUAAAUCUAUGCAUCCCUGAUUAUCCUUCAACUUAGUCAUGAGGAUAGUCGGAUUAACGGGAGGAAUUGCUUCUGGGAAGAGCACCUUCUCCGAUCUUUUCAAGUCACACGGAAUUCCUGUAGUCGAUGCUGACAUCAUUGCCCGUAAUGUCUUGAAGAAAGGCACUGGCGGAUGGAAAAGAGUUGUGGCUAUGUUCGGGGAGGACAUCUUACAGGACAACGGCGAGGUGGAUCGUGCCCAGCUAGGUCAACUUGUGUUUUCUGAUCCCGCAAAGCGUCAGCUUCUUAAUAGGCUGUUAGCACCUUAUAUUUCAUAUGGUAUUUUUAUGGAAGUCUUGAAGUUGUGGAUCAAGGGUUGCAAGAUAAUUGUUCUUGAUGUGCCCCUUUUAUUUGAAGCUAAGAUGGAUAAAUGGACUAAGCCUAUAGUUGUCGUUUGGGUUGAUCCUGAGACACAACUUCAGCGGCUCAUGACAAGGGACCGGUCAACAGAGGAAGAGGCCAAAAGCAGGAUAAAUUCUCAGAUGUCUCUGGAUAUAAAGAAGGAAAAGGCAGAUAUUAUCAUUGACAACAAAGGGACACUAGGGGCUCUAAAUGAGCAGUUUGGAUUGGUGCUAAUCCAGAUUACAAAGCCAUUGACUUGGUCCGAAUAUGCGCUUUCUAGGCAAGGAGCUAUUCUUGGAUUGAUUUCUAUUUUUGUUGGCAUUGUAAUAGCCAAGAACAGUUUAUGGAUGUAAUUAGUUUGUUUAGACUUUACAUCAGAUUUCAUGCUUGUAGCAUUUUAUGAAAAAGUCGUUCCUUUUUCCUGCUGUCUGAUUGUGCUCUCGUGCCUUUGCUAACAUCCUUUAUGAGAAAGUCUAGAAGAGCUAGCAGACAUCCUAUUGCUUGUGAUUUUGAUGAUAAU